AUGCUGGUUGUUUCUGCGACGUCCAAAACAACAGCUGAGCUUGUAAAAGAAGGCUGCGCUUUAGCCAAGGAUGGCACUCCGAACGCCUUCUUAAAUGCCAUCAAAAAAUUUUCCGAAAUCAAUCCUCCUGCUGUUGAUGCACUCUAUCUUCGCGGUAAUGCUCACUUGAAAGUGGGUGGUCCCAAGCAUAAUCAACAAGCUAUUGAUGACUUCUCCAAAGCUCUUAGUCUCUACGAUAAUUCUAAUGAAAAACCAUCAGUUUCAAAACUCCGAAUCUAUUACAAACGAGCUUGGGUGCAUCACGUACUUGGCGAAUAUGAUCAGGCUUUAAGUGACUAUUCAGAACUUAUCAAUCGUGCUAGGUGUUCUAAAGAACAGGAUUAUAAGGACUUUUUAUCUAAAGGCUACAUUAGUCGUGGUCUCGUCUAUGAAUCGAUGCAACUUCUGCACAAAGCACUAGCCGAUAUCGAAGAGGGCAAGAAAUGGGCACAGCAUCCAAAUAAUCCCUAUUAUAAUUAUUGCCUAGAGCGAGUGCGUAUUACUUUGAAGGAGAGACAAAACGAGUUGGACGAUGAUGAAGAUGUCGAAGACACCGAACAAGAUAGUGAGAAUGACAAUGACAAAGACGAUAAAUCCAAGGAAGAAGAUGAGCAGGUUAGAUGUCAAAUCCCACCAUCCGAGGAUAUUGGAAAAAAAAUGACAACUGAGUCCAAAAAUGCUAAAUACGAUGAAAACUACUAUCAUGCUCUUCUUCUUAGUGAACAAGGAAACAAUAUGAAAGCCUUAGAGAAUUUUAAACAAGCGUUUUCUAGUACUACAAAUGAUUCUCAAAAGGCAGAAUGUCUAUUUCGACAAGGCCUUUGCCAGUAUCAACUUGGACAGAAAGAUGCUGCCCAAAACCUGUUCGAGCAAGCUCAGAAAUGUGACCCAAAACAUGCCCGAAAUGUCUUUCGCCUUGGGAUGAUGCAGGCAGCAGACAGAAAUUACAAAGAAGCCAUACAGACUUUGACUACAGCAUGCAAAUAUGCGCCUAACAGUGUCGAUAUUCUGUAUGAGCGAGCAAGCAUCUUUGAAAAGCUAGGUAGACUCGACGAAGCCAUGUAUGAUCGUCGUCGUGCCAUGCAAUUAGGACGAUCAGUUUCGGCCACGGUGAUCAUCCUUCAAGAUCGCCUACGCCAGUUAAAAGCUGAAGUACUUCAGCAGGGUGAAUCAGCUAUCAGACGCUUGAAGAUGGGUUGGGUCCAGGAGGCGCUACAUCAGUUUCAAAAGGAAACAACAUCAGUUCAUGAGGAAAUGGGCAAACUGAAGAAAGUAGUCGAACGAAAUUAUGAGGCGUACAAUGAGGCAGUGAAAGAAUAUAGAAUGGCUAUUGAAACCGAUGUCGAACAACUCUGCCCGGAAGCCCACGCACUCUUGGCUUUAUGCCAGAGAAAAGAAAAAGAUUAUCUGCCAGCACAUGAUGCACUUGAAAACCUCUUUAAAAUGUUAAUUGAUUCUCCUGACUCCAUGCAAAUGUGGAAAUCAUUCGUCAAAAUGAUCAAGAAAGACAGUUACUGGAAUGAUAUGGGUGUUGCUCCAUCGGAGAAAAAAAUGAAUGAAAUAAAACAAUUGGAUGCUGAUUGGCGUGGGAUAGCUAAGGACGAAAGAAGUUUCCAAGGCGAUGAAAACAAUAAUCGUUUAUUGUUCUAUCGAAAAUUCCGUAUUCAAUUAUCGAAUAUUCUUGCGGCGUUUGCUCUUGCUGGAUGUGACGAAGAAAUCUUGUCGCAUAACCUGAAAGGCUCCUAUCACAAGUGA